AUGUCAUUUUUAAACAAUAGUAAACUAACCCCCACUUCAUUCGUUCUAAAUGGUAUCCCCGGGCUGGAAGAAGUGCAUUUGUGGAUCUCUUUCCCCCUGUGUAUCAUGUACAGCAUUGCCCUUACAGGGAACUUUGGUCUUAUGUACCUCAUCUACUCUGAGGAAGUCUUACACAGGCCUAUGUAUAUCUUUCUAGCCCUUCUGUCCUUCACAGAUGUGCUCAUGUGCACCAGUACACUUCCAAAUACUCUCUGCAUAUUGUGGUUCAACCUCAAGGAAAUUAAUUUUAAUGCUUGCCUGUCCCAGAUGUUCUUUGUUCACACCUUCACUGGGAUGGAGUCAGGGGUACUAAUGUUGAUGGCCCUGGACCGCUAUGUGGCCAUCUGUUACCCCUUGCGUUAUGCCACUAUCCUUACUAAUUCAGUCAUUGCUAAGGCUGGGCUCCUUACUUUUCUUAGAGGUGUCAUGCUUGUUAUACCUUUCACUUUUCUCACAAAGCGCCUACCAUACUGCAGAGGCAACGUCAUACCCCACACCUACUGUGACCACAUGUCUGUGGCCAAGAUAUCUUGUGGCAAUGUCAAGGUCAAUGCUAUCUAUGGUUUGAUGGUUGCUCUUCUAAUUGGAGGUUUUGAUAUCUUGUGCAUCACAAUUUCCUACACCAUGAUUCUUCGAGCAGUUGUGAGUCUGUCAUCACCAGACGCUCGACAGAAGGCCUUCAGCACCUGCACUGCCCAUAUCUGUGCCAUCGUUAUCACCUAUGUUCCAGCUUUCUUCACCUUCUUUACACAUCGCUUUGGAGGACACACCAUUCCACCCCAUAUCCACAUUAUCAUGGCAAACCUCUAUCUACUCAUGCCUCCCACAAUGAACCCUAUUGUAUAUGAAGUAAAAACAAAGCAGAUUCGAGAAUGUGUCAUUAGGUUCCUGUUGAAGGGAAAGGAUAUUUCUUCUCAUAACAUUUAA